AUGGGAAUCGUGUACUCCAGGACCGAAGAUCAUUGGUCUGAUUUUAAAGUACGUGCUUAUGGAAUAAAUAAUUUAAUUUAUAAGGAAUUUCAAUUGUUUCAUUUUUUUUUUAAAGUCUAAGUAUAAUAAAUCGUUUGCGAGUCUCGAAGAAGACACUUUUCGUAAAGUUAUCUUUCUGAAAAAUACUGUCUUAAUCGCCAAACACAAUGAAUUGUACAGAAGCGGUCUAUCAACGUUCUCAUUGGAAAUGAAUAGUUUUGGUGAUUUGGUAUGUAUUGGUACUUUUGUCCCGCUUUUAUAGCCAUUAUUAUUUCAAACUAAAACUAUUUUUUAUUUUAUUUUUGGUAUAACUAUCAGUAACUAUUAAUUUUAGUUUAGUUUUAAUUUAAUUUAAUUAUAGCUACCAUGUUGCUAUGUACUAUAUAAUACAAAAUAAUAAUAGUUAUCUACUUAUAAGUAGGGAUACAUUGUGCACAUCGAUGGUGAAUUUAAGGGGGGGGGAGUGCCAGAUAGCCCAUUUCUUCUCCGAAUGAUUUAACGUCCGGAUUAAAAAAUUAGUGACGUGUGGUAUUUAUAAAUUAUUAACAAAAUUAAAAAAAAUACAUAUAUAAAUUAAGCACCUACAUCUAUAGUGGAGAGUUUAACCUAUAUUAAACCACCUCAAUAUUUCUACUAUCAAAAUAUAUCGAUGACGAUUAAAACGAUUAAAACCCGGUAAAAAUUGUUUAUACCCGUCUUACAACGUCUUUGGAUCAUUCACAUGUGCUCCUAUCAGUUUAUCACACAAAUUGUUAUCACAUUUAUAAAAUUCGUUAUAUUGAUGUUAAUUUUUUUUUAAUCGUUCGUAACUCGUAUGAGUGUAAGUCUAUAAUUAAACUAACCACAAUUGAUGUAGUGUAUAUUUUUUUCCGGCUAUUAAGUACACAUUCUGUUAUUUACUAAUGAAUUUAAUAACUAUUCGUUAUCGAUAGGUGAGUAAUAAGUUUUUAAAAUAUUAUCAAGUUACGUUUAUUGAAUCACUGAAUGUUGUCUUAUUUGGUCUAUUUCAUUGUCAAUUUUAUUAUUUGAAUAAAUUUUUUUAUUAUUUACUUGUCAUGGCAAAGAGGAGUGGAUACCGAAAACGGACUGUACGGCCAUUGAUGUGAAUAUACCUAAAUUUCCCUAUAUUGUUAUGUUACAUCUAUUAUAUUUUUAAUAUUACAUCAUUUUUAAUUAGAUAUUUAAGCCAAAGACUGACAUUUAGUUUUAAAUAAUAAAAUAAUAAAAAAAAAAUCAGAAUUAUUAAAUGGUUAGUAGUACUCGUAAAUAAUUAUAUAAAUAAAUAAACAGAGUAUUAUGAUAUUAUGUGUAUCAAAUUAAAAAUUCAUCUUUAAGUAAAAUCACAAAGUCAAAAGUCCUGUUUUACUUUUUGACUGAUUUUACCUGUUGAUGAAUUUUUAAUGUAAAACUGGUUUACUGAAAAUACUCUUUAUUUAUUUAUAUAUUUGAAAUACCUAAGUGUGAUACCUACAGAUUACCUAUUCAUUUUAACUAAAAAAAAACUGAUUUUGUUUUAUUUAUAAGUAGAGGUUGUAAAAUAAUAAAAAUAAAAUGGUUUUUUUUUAUGAACUGAGUUUUGUUAUUUAAUUACUUCAUCUAUUAGCUGAACAAGAAGUCAAUAAUUUAUUUUAUUUAUUUCAAAAUUAUUUGAGAGUAAAACAAUUAAAUUAUUAAGUAAGUAUCUUAAAAAAAGAUCACUGCUUAAUAUGUUCUAGUCUAUAGGUAUGAGGAUGGUCCAAUUAAAGAUAUUGAGGUCCAAAUUAAGCAACCGGUUGCCAAAGUUGGACAUCUUAAGACAUUUAAAAAAAAAUGUGCAGAUAAAAUGUAAGAUAAAUAAAACCAAUUGUGCUAAACUGUUACAUGUGUGAGUAUCAUUUGAAUACAAUAACUAACAUUUAUAACUUUUAUGAUUUGUUGAGAAAUUCCAAAUCAUUCAAGAUGGUCCAAUAUAGGUUACUUUCCCCUAAUAAGUAUUUUUUUUUUUUUAAUGUGUGUAAUAAUAUUAUGAAAAACUUUAGUUCCCCUCCCCCAUAGUAAAACAAAUCCUAGGUCUGUCACUAGACUGGAGUAUAGAUUUAUAAUAAUUAAUUUAAACUAAUUUAAAUUGUGUUUUAGUUGCAAUCUGAAUUCAUUGAUAAGGUUAACGGAUUCAACUAUAGACUGGUCACCUCUAUUAAAAAUUAUCCCUUUGGCGAUGCUUCGACUUUCGACCUGCCCACAAAUUCAAAAGUUGAGAAAUCUAUUGACUGGAGACAAAAUGGUUACGUGACCCCUGUCAAAGACCAAGGCUCAUGCAGAUCUUGUUGGGCAUUUAGUGCUGUAAGUUUGAUCAAAUGGUGUAUUAUUAAGUUAUUACAAUAACCUAAUACAUUUGUCAUUUUGCAAACAAAUGUGUCUUAUAUUUUAUAUAAGUAAAGAUUCUGUUUUAGUUUCUGAGCUAGAGAAUUUGACCUGUGCUUAAAGUGAAAAAAUAAAUAAAAGAGGACCACGUUAUAAAGGAACAAUAUAAAUUAAUUAAAAAAAUUGUCUACCUUAAGAUUUAAUUGUCAUGAUAUAAGGUACAUUCAGGGUCGGUGAUAGGGAAAUGCAUGGAUGAUAAUACCCCCUCCCUUAAAAAUUUAAAUCUAAACUAUUAAAUCUGUAAGUUGGUGAUAAUUUAACUUCAAAUUCGGCCAAACUAAUAAUUUUUUAGUUUUUGUUUUAAUAUUUGAUUACAUAAUUACCAUGUUAUUAUAAUUGUAAAAUUUAUAAGGUACUUAUGAAAGAACAAAAAAUAGGUAAAAUAAUUAUUUGAAGUCAAUAAAUUAAAGUGUUUGCAGCUGAUAAUUAUGAAUUAACCUAUACUAAAAUUGUUUAAACAAUUAAGGGUACUCCAAUCCUUGCAAUCCCCCCAUAUAAUUAAAAUACUUUUUUUUAUUAAAAUGUGUAUUUUUUUAUACUUUGAGACUGUAAAUUACUUUUUGACUAAAAAUCUAAGGGAAUAGUUUCUGGUAUCAAAUUUUAUCUAGUUAGUGGGUGGGAGAUGUAAUUUUUUGAUUUUCAUUAUAACUUUGGGGAAAACUAAGACAUAAGGUAAUAUUUAUGCAUUAACACGUUACAAUUAAUUUUCGAUUUUUUUUUUGUUAAUCCUAGAAGUCAGAAACAUUAUUGAGUAAUUUAUAACUAUUUAAAAUUGUCAGUUUAAUAAAAAAAAUUUAACCCAGUAAAAAUACUCCUAAAAAAAGAAAUCCAAGUAAUGCUGAUGGCUGUUCUACUGUUGUAGGUGGGAAGUUGUGAAGAUAGAAUACACUAAGUAAUUUAAUUGAUAAUAAAUAUAAUAUUACAGACUGGAUCGUUGGAAGGACAGCAUUUUCGGAAGAAUGGUACCCUAAUAUCGUUCAGUGAGCAAAAUUUGAUAGAUUGCUCUAGAAUGUAUGGUAAUAUGGGUUGUAAUGGAGGUAUGAUGAAUCUAGCUUUUAAAUAUAUCAAAACUAACAAGGGACUUGAUACCGAAAAUUCAUAUCCUUAUAAAGCCAAGGUAAUUUUUUGAAUUUCUUCUAACACUAAUACAUUUAUACAUCAUAUUAAUUUGAAAAUAUUUACAGGAUGAUAAGUGCCAGUAUAAUCCUAAAAGUUCUAGUGUUAGAGACAUGGGUUUUGUAAAUAUUCCCGAUAAUGAAAACUCUCUCAUGAACGCUGUAGGUACAAUAGGCCCGGUGUCCGCUGCUAUUGAUGCUUCUUCUAGCAAAUUUCAAUUUUACAAAAAUGGUGUUUAUUACAACUUUCAAUGCAGUUCCACUCUACUGGACCACGCUGUACUCAUUGUUGGUUAUGGUAAUGAUAGUAAACAUGGAGACUACUGGAUUGUUAAGAAUUCAUGGGGCACACAAUGGGGAAAAGAUGGUUAUGUAUUAAUGGCGCGAAACAAGAAAAACAACUGUGGAAUCGCUACUAGUGCCAGCUAUCCUGUAGUAGUUUAAAUUAAUAUAUAUUUUAAAUUCCUACGAUUUUAGUAUAAUCUCUUUGAAAUUAGUAAUAUUUUAUUAUAAGUAUAAUAUAUGUAUAUUUUUUUUAAUCAACAUUUCAUUGUCAGAAAUAUAUUCAUAC